CUGUAUGUAAGCUGAUGAAAGCAGUAAAUGUCCUGGACGCUUCACUGUGUUUUGUGACUGGUGACAGUGUUGCCCAUUCAACCAGCCCAGAAAAUCGGAGACGUUUCCUUUGCUUUGGAACACUUACCUGCACAAUCCAAUGCGGUACGAGCAGCAGGUCAGACAGGUACAUGUGCUUGUGAAUACAGGCAGACCAGCCUGGGGUACUCGUUGAGCAAAGGGGAUGGUGUACUAGGGAGAGAUACAGCACAAGGCAAUAUCAGCUGGACUCACAGGAAACUUUACCUACUUUUAAUUUGUAACUAUAUUUUUGGCAUUUUCAAGUUACAUCCACUAGAUAUGUCUCUUGUCCUGGCAGUGCUGGACAAACUGUCAUAUUUUCUGUCUCUCGUUGGGUUUUGUGUCAGCGUGUCUUCCAGUUGGCUCAAAUGAAUCUCGACUCCAAUCCAGGAAUCUUUGCUAGAUAAAACGUUAUUCCUGAGGUUUAGGGUUUGAGUAAAAUGAUUUUGUUCAACACCUGGAUAUCUGACACUUGUAUGAUUAAUCACAAUGCUGCGGUGGUGCCUACUGCGAUUGUACCACAUAGUUACACUGGUGCUGUGCAUUUCAGCGAGGGAGGACUUUGACUGGACAAAGAGUGAAAGAACAGCUUUCUUUUAUGGGACCUUCCCAACAGGUUUCACCUGGGGGGCUGGCAGUUCUGCUUAUCAGACAGAAGGGGCUUGGAAUGUCGAUGGCAAAGGGAUGAGCAUCUGGGAUGCAUUUUCCCAUAAAAAGGGGAAAAUAUUCCAAAACGAAACUGGAGAUUCAUCAUGUGACGGUUUCUACAAAUUUAAGGAGGACAUUAACUUAAUGAAGGAGAUGAAGUUGAAUCAUUAUCGUUUCUCCAUCUCCUGGCCAAGAAUUUUACCAAGCGGGCUCAAAGGUGAAUCCAUCAAUGAAAAAGGAAUUAAAUAUUACAAUGGCCUGAUUAACAUGUUGCUGGAAAAUAAGAUCACUCCCAUUGUUACUUUGUAUCACUGGGAUUUACCACAGGUCUUGCAGGAGAAAUAUGGCGGCUGGCAGAACAUCAGCAUGGUCAACUACUUCAAUGACUUUGCCAAUUUAUGCUUUGAAAGGUUCGGCAGUCGAGUGAAGUAUUGGAUCACAUUCAACAAUCCCUGGUCGAUUGCUGUGGAGGGAUAUGAAACGGGGGAACAUGCACCAGGUUUGAAGAUGAAAGGAACGGGAGCUUAUAGAGCUGCACAUCAUAUCAUCAAGGCACAUGCAAAGGUUUGGCACACAUACGACACAGGAUGGAGGAGCAAACAGAAAGGUCUAGUUGGCAUCUCGCUGACAGCUGACUGGGGUGAACCAGUGGACACCAGCAACCAGAGGGACAUUGAAGCAGCAGAGCGAUACAUCCAGUUCUACUUGGGAUGGUUUGCCACACCAAUCUUCAAUGGAGACUACCCUCAGGUUAUGAAAGAUUACAUUGGCAGGAAGAGUGGCCAGCAGGGCCUCGGAGCUUCGCGGCUUCCCGUAUUCUCAGCGCAGGAAAAGAGUUACAUCAAGGGCACGUGUGACUUCCUGGGCCUCGGCCACUUCACGACUCGCUAUGUCACACAAAAAAAUUAUCCAUCAAGCAUUGGAGACAGCUACCUCGCAGAUCGUGACCUGGCAGAGCUGGUUGACCCAAAGUGGCCCGACCCUGGCUCUGAAUGGCUCUAUUCUGUGCCCUGGGGCUUCAGACGCUUGUUGAACUUUGUCAAGAGUCAGUAUGGAAACCCAAUGAUCUACGUGACAGAGAACGGUGUAUCAGAGAAGACGCUGUGCACUGACCUCUGUGAUGACUGGAGGAUGCAGUACUUCAAAGAUUACAUCAAUGAGAUGCUUAAAGCUAUAAAGGACGGGGUGAAUGUGAAGGGCUACACUGCCUGGUCUCUCCUGGAUAACUUUGAGUGGGAUGAAGGCUACUCUGAGAGAUUUGGGCUCUACUAUGUCGACUUCAGGAACAAAAAUAAACCACGCUAUCCAAAGGCUUCAGUCCAGUACUAUAAACGCAUCAUCAGCUCUAAUGGCUUUCCCAAUCAGAGAGAGGUGGAGAGUUGGAAGAGGAAAUCAAUAGAGACGUGUUCUUCCAGUAACCAGCUCCUGGCAGCAGCUAGAAGAAAAUCCCAGGGAGGUCAGGAACAUUCAGGAAUGCAAAAGACUUGGCCAGUUCAUGAUGAAGUUUAGAUCCACUGAUAGGCCACAUGGAGAUGGUGACAGAGAUCGUGGUUCCUACUGUGUGUACACUGUGCAUCCUGCUCAGUGCAGUCUUCCUCAUGUUCCUGCUGCAAAGACACUUCUGAUACACUGAGACAUACAAUCGGACCUCAGUGACCAUGUAGAAAUUGAUCAGGUCAAUGUGAGAAUGACUCAGAAUCAAUAAAACUACACAGUCAACAGAA